AUGAUCUCGCUUUUUUGGCUGCUUUUAGCAUCCUCAGCACUGGCUCAACCAUUCAAUUUCGACCAAUCGUCUCUCCAGUCUGGUAAGCAUGACACUUCUCCUCCAUCGUUACAGGAUUUGUGGGGUCAAGAUUGGCCAUUUACUGGAAUUCCAACUUUUGCUCAUCUAAAUACUUCCAAAUGCCUUUUAAAUCCAGACAUUAAUUAUGAUAUCGGAAUCAUCGGCAUUCCUUUCGAUACUGCUACAACUUAUAGGCCGGGUGCAAGAUUCGGCCCGAGAGCUAUUAGAGAUGCUUCUCAGAGACAAAAUUCUAUGAGAGGUUUUAAUACCAGAGCAGGAAUCAAUCCUUAUGAGGACUGGGCAACCUUUAUGGAUUGUGGUGAUAUUCCUGUGACUCCUAUGGAUAACAAGUUGGCUUUGGAACAGAUGACCAAGGCUUUUGAGGAGUUGUUACUAAGAAGAAACUCUUCUGCUGAUUCUUCUCAUCCUCCAAGAUACGUGGCUCUUGGUGGUGAUCAUUCUGUCAUCUUACCUCAUCUAAGGGCUCUCAACAAGCUUUAUGGUAAAUUGGCAGUAAUCCACUUUGACGCUCAUUUAGAUACAUGGCUUCCAAGUAAGUAUCCUUCAUCCUGGUCCAGUGAACAAUCCAAAUUCACCCAUGGUUCUAUGCUCUGGAUGGCCAGUGAAGAAGGCUUACUAAGUGACAACUACAAUGCUCAUAUUGGUAUCAGAACCAGAAUUUCUGGUGCAGAUUGGGAUGACUUCCGCGACGAUGAUGACCAGGGAUGGCUUAGAUUCUCCGCCGACGACGUCUGGACAGAAGGUAUCGAUGGCUUGAAGACGAUAGUUUCCCAAAUCAAAAAGAGAAUCCCUAAAGACUAUCCUGUUUAUAUCUCUGUUGAUGUCGAUUGUAUGGAUCCUGGCUUUACACCAGGUACCGGUACCAUUGAACCUGGUGGAAUGAUGCCCCGUGAGGUUAUUUAUCUCUUACGUCAUCUAGAUCUUGAUUUAGUGGGUGCUGAUGUUGUAGAGGUGUCACCGGCUUUCGAUCACGCAGAGAUUACAAGCACUAAUGCUGCUCAAAUAGUCUAUGAACUAAUCACUACUAUGGUUCAGAGAGGUAUGCCAUUACCCUUACGUAGUUAA